UGGGGCGGCGCGAGCCCGGCGCGGGACGGCGUGAGACGCGACGGAGGCUGCGGCCACGAGUGGCCCGCAGCCCCAGAUAGAGCGGGGACCCGAGGGCCGGGCCCCGCCGACUCGGGACCGGAGCCGACGCCCGUCCCUGAGCCGAUUCUGCCCCAGCUCCGGAGGGAUCCGGGUUCCCGUCCUACGGCUCGCGACUUCCCUCUGUGACGAAGUUUUCUCCCCGUGCCUUGCUGAGGAUCGUUCUUAGUUCUUGAGCUCGCCUUGUGGCCGACUUGCUCGGUUUGUUUGGGGGAGAUAACUUGUUUUGCUUCAGCCCGCAUCCCCUUUCCUUGACCCCUUGCAAUCGGAUGUUCUAGAUGACUGAAUGGAGUUUUGAGUUGGACUUUUGUGUCCCUGCCGAAAUUGGGCCUGAUCCCAGAGCACUGGGGGUGGGGUGUGGAGGUGUUACUGUAAAAUGCAAGUUGGAUAAAAAGAAGACCUCUCGCCAAGGGCCCCAAUGAGUGGCACACAGUCUACUAUCACGGACAGGUUUCCCCUCAAAAAACCUAUAAGGCAUGGAAGUAUUUUGAACCGAGAGUCACCAACAGAUAAGAAACAAAAAGUCGAACGCAGUUCAUCACAUGAUUUUGACCCCACAGAUAGCUCCUCCAAGAAGACAAAGUCUAGUUCAGAGGAGAGUAGAUCCGAGAUCUAUGGUCUUGUUCAGCGCUGUGUGAUCAUCCAGAAAGAUGACAAUGGAUUCGGGCUGACAGUCAGUGGAGACAAUCCGGUCUUCGUACAAUCUGUCAAAGAAGAUGGAGCAGCCAUGCGUGCUGGGGUACAAACAGGUGAUCGAAUCAUCAAGGUGAAUGGCACUCUGGUGACUCAUUCAAACCAUCUGGAGGUGGUGAAACUAAUCAGAUCUGGUUCCUAUGUAGCUCUCACUGUCCAGGGACGCCCACCUGGGUCGCCCCAGAUCCCACUUGCUGAUUCUGAAGUAGAGCCAUCAGUCACUGGACAUAUGUCUCCCAUUAUGACAUCCCCUCAUUCCCCUGGAGCAGCCGGGAAUAUGGAGAGGAUCACCAGUCCUGUGCUCAUGGGGGAGGAAAACAAUGUGGUCCAUAACCAGAAAGUAGAGAUUCUGAGAAAAAUGUUACAGAAGGAACAGGAACGGCUGCAGUUGCUGCAGGAAGAUUACAACCGAACGGCUACCCAAAGAUUGCUCAAGGAGAUCCAGGAGGCCAAGAAGCACAUCCCGCAGCUGCAGGAGCAGCUGUCCAAAGCCACAGGCUCUGCUCAGGACGGAGCUGUGAUUGCACCAUCCAGGCCAUUAGGUGAUGCCCUAACACUCAGCGAGGCAGAAACAGAUCCUGGAGAUGGCCUGUGCAGGACUGACUGGAGCAGUGGAGAUGCUUCUCGGCCCAGUAGUGACAGUGCUGAUAGUCCCAAGAGCAGCCUGAAAGAAAGGAGUUAUCUAGAGGAAGCCCCAGAGAGAAGUGAAGGAGUUCAGGACGCUGAGACACAGUCGCUGGUUGGCAGUCCCUCCACCCGGGGCGCCCCUCACAUUAUUGGAGCAGAGGAUGAUGACUUUGGUACUGAGCAUGAGCAGAUCAAUGGACAGUGCAGCUGUUUCCAGAGCAUUGAACUGCUGAAGGCUCGCCCUGCUCACUUGGCCGUUUUCUUACACCAUGUAGUCUCACAGUUUGACCCUGCAACAUUGCUCUGUUAUCUCUAUUCAGACCUGUAUAAGCAGACGAACUCCAAGGAGACUCGGCGUGUCUUCCUGGAGUUUCAUCAGUUCUUCUUGGACCGGUCUGCACACCUGAAAGUUCCAGUUCCUGAGGAAAUCUCCAUGGAUCUAGAAAAGAGAAGACCUGAGCUUAUUCCUGAGGAUCUGCAUCGCCACUACAUUCAAACAAUGCAGGAGAGAGUCCACCCUGAAGUUCAGAAGCACUUGGAGGAUUUUCGACAGAAACGCAGCAUGGGGCUGACCUUGGCUGAGAGUGAGCUGACUAAACUUGAUGCAGAGAGAGACAAGGACCGGGGAACUCUGGAGAAGGAGCGAGCAUGUGCGGAACAGAUCGUUACCAAAAUUGAAGAAGUGUUGAUGACUGCUCAGGCUGUAGAAGAAGAAAGGAGUUCCACAAUGCAGUACGUAAUUCUCAUGUAUAUGAAGUAUUUGGGAGUAAAAGUGAAAGAACCGCGAAACUUGGAGCACAAGCGGGGUCGGAUCGGCUUCCUUCCAAAGAUCAAGCAAAGCAUGAAGAAAGAUAGAGAGGGCGAAGAAAAAGGGAAGCGAAGAGGAUUCCCCAGCAUUUUGGGACCCCCAAGAAGACCAAGCCGCCACGACAACAGUGCAAUUGGCAGGGCCAUGGAGAUACAGAAGUUACGCCACCCGAAGCACUCAUCUGCACCCUUGUCUGUGAGUCCUGAGCCUCAGGACCCUGCCAAGUUGCGCCAGAGUGGAGUAGCCAACGAAGGAACAGACACUGGAUACCUGCCCGCCAGUUCCAUGUCCUCUGCCACCUCAGGGGCUGCUCUUUCCCAAGAGGGAGGGAGAGAGAAUGAUACAGGAACAAAACAAGUGGGAGAAGCAUCGGCCCCUGGAGACUGCUUGGACAGCACACCUCGUGUCCCCAAUACUGUUUUCGACUUCCCUCCUCCUCUGUUAGAUCAAGUGCAAGAGGAGGAAUGUGAAGUGGAGAGGGUGGCAGAACAUGGAACCCCAAAACCCUUUCGGAAGUUUGACAGCAUCGCCUUUGGAGAAAGUCAAAGUGAGGAUGAGCAGUUUGAAAAUGACCUGGAGACAGAUCCGCCCAACUGGCAGCAGCUUGUUAGCAGAGAAGUGUUACUGGGACUGAAACCUUCUGAGAUCAAAAGACAGGAAGUGAUCAAUGAGUUGUUCUGCACUGAGCGAGCUCACGUGCGGACACUGAAGGUCCUUGACCAAGUGUUCUAUCAGCGAGUGUCCAGAGAGGGGAUUCUCUCACCUUCAGAACUGCGCAAGAUUUUUUCAAACUUGGAAGAUAUCCUUCAACUUCAUGUUGGGUUGAAUGAGCAAAUGAAAGCUGUCCGAAAAAGGAAUGAGACUUCUGUUAUUGAUCAUAUUGGGGAAGAUCUGCUCAUCUGGUUUAGUGGACCAGGAGAGGAGAAGCUGAAACACGCUGCCGCCACAUUCUGCAGUAACCAGCCUUUCGCCCUGGAAAUGAUCAAGUCUCGCCAGAAAAAGGAUUCUCGAUUCCAUACUUUUGUGCAAGAUGCUGAGAGUAAUCCCCUGUGCCGUCGUCUUCAGCUGAAGGACAUCAUUCCCACCCAAAUGCAGAGGCUCACUAAGUACCCGCUUCUUUUGGAUAACAUUGCCAAGUACACAGAAUGGCCUCCAGAAAGGGAAAAGGUGAAGAAGGCUGCAGAUCAUUGUCGUCAGAUCUUAAAUUACGUAAAUCAGGCUGUCAGGGAGGCAGAAAACAAGCAGCGCUUAGAAGACUAUCAGCGUCGCCUUGACACCUCCAAUCUCAAGUUGUCCGAGUACCCAAAUGUUGACGAGCUCAGGAAUUUGGAUUUAACAAAAAGAAAGAUGAUUCACGAAGGGCCGUUGGUCUGGAAGGUGAAUAGAGAUAAAAGCAUCGAUCUUUAUACACUGCUGCUGGAAGACAUUCUUGUGCUGCUCCAAAAGCAGGAUGACAGGCUGGUGCUAAGGUGCCACAGCAAGAUCCUGGCAUCCACAGCUGACAGCAAACACACCUUCAGCCCUGUCAUUAAGCUGAGCACAGUACUGGUUCGGCAGGUGGCAACAGAUAACAAAGCUUUAUUCGUCAUCUCCAUGUCAGAUAAUGGAGCCCAAAUUUAUGAAUUGGUAGCACAGACGGUUUCUGAAAAGACAGUCUGGCAAGACCUCAUCUGUCGAAUGGCUGCGUCAGUGAAGGAGCAGUCUACAAAGGCGAUUCCCCUCCCACAGCCUCCACCUUGCGAAGGAGACAAUGAUGAGGAAGAGCCAGCCAAGUUAAAAGUGGAGCACCAUGAUCUUUCAGUCGCUGGUCUGCAAAGUCCAGACAGAGUUUUGGGAUUAGAAUCUCCCUUAAUUUCGUCAAAACCUCAGUCUCAUUCACUGAAUACCCCUGGCAAAUCAGAGGCAGAACAUCUCUUUGUGACCGCAACACAGUUUGCAAAGGAACAGCAUGCAAAUGGGACACUCAAGGAAGGUGAUGGCGGGUAUCCAGUCACAAUCCCAGGACCACACUUGCCUGUGUCAGAGGAGCGGUGGGCAUUGGACGCACUGAGAAAUUUGGGCUUGUUGAAGCAGUUGCUGGUACAGCAGUUAGGUCUCACCGAGAAGAGCACUCGGGAAGACUGGCAGUCCUUAUCAAGAUACGGGCCAGCUUCUGAAGAGGUACAGGCAGACAGUGGCAUCCAGGACUUGGAAAAUGUCAAGGCUUGUCAUGCCGGGGAAGGACAGAUGUCUUUUAAAACUGGAACUGGUGAUAUUGCAACUUGUGACAGUCCACGGACUUCAACUGAGUCUUGUGCUGCACAGGAUUCAGUGAUACUGGCAUCCCAAGACAGCCAGGCAAGUAACAUUUUAGUAAUGGACCACAUGAUCCUGACCCCAGAGAUGCCUACUGCAGAGCCAGAAGGGGGUCUGGAUGAGAGUGGAGAGCACUUUUUUGAUGCCCGUGAAGCACAUAGUGAUGAUAUUCCAUCAGAAGGUGAUGGAGCAGUUAAAAAGGAAGAGAAGGAUGUUAAUUUACGCAUCUCAGGAAACUGUUUGAUCCUUGAUGGCUACGACGCAGUGCAGGAGAGCUCCACAGAUGAGGAGUUUGCCGCCUCCUUCCCCCUAGCUGUGGACCCCAGCCACCAGCAGCAACGUUCCCCUCAGAAUGCACAUCCCGAGGGGCCGGUUUCACCAUUCACCCCAGAAUUCCUGGUCCAGCGGCACUGGCGAGCUAUGGAGGAUACCUGUUUUGAGAUCCAGAGUCCCUUUUGUACAGAUUCACAAAGCCAAAUCCUGGAGUACAUUCAUAAAAUAGAGGCUGACCUGGAACACUUAAAGAAGGUGGAGGAAAGUUACGCUCUUCUUUGCCAAAGGCUGGCUGGCUCAGCCCUCCCCGACAAGCUCUCAGAUAAAAGUUAGAGCCCCCAUGUCCUGGAGGUGACUGCAGCUUGUUGGAUCAACCACAUCCCGGCUCCAGUGUGGACACACAGAGUGUGACAGAGGGAUCUGCCUGGAUCCACCUGGGCUCAGCCAUGCCCCAGGCACCCCACGUGGGACUAGUUCUUCCUUCUGGCAGCUGCACACAUCUGUCAGUGAGGGAAUGCCAGGUCUCUCACUCCUCUCCUCACUAUCAGAAAUGCAUUUUGAUUCAGAGUAAAAACCAAAUGUAUAGAGCUUUGGGUGUAGGAUAUAAAAUUGUACGUAGGUAAGAAAAAGAAAAUCAGAUGUAUUUAUUUGACUUCAUUCCGUAUUUGAAAGCACACUUUAAUUUUUACUUGGCCUUGUUUUGUUUUUAAUUGAGUAGUGAGAGUUUUAGCCCUUUGUAUUUAGCACACCCAAGGAUCAAUUGUUCCUGAAGCCGAGGUCAGGUUGGGGAUGGAGAGGUUAGUAGACAGGCAGUGCAGGAAGAAGGAAGACUGCCUGGCCCUCACUAACCUGCAACCCAGCCCUCCUGUCCAAUGGGCUGCCCUUCUGAGGAUCAUCUCAGAGGUGCUGCAUGACUCCUGUGUGUGGAUGCCAUGAGCUGUGUGUGCCCCGGUGCGGUGCUCGGAGCAGGAGGACCUCCUCCCAGCCCAAGGCGAGCAUCUCCUACUGGGUUCCAUCCCAGGAAGCAGGAAUCCUCAGUACACUAAAUGGCAGGCACUUGAAAAUGGGUGUAUUUCCCUUGUUGUUGUCUUUUCUAUUGAUAGUUGGGAUUUGGGAGAGAAGAAAACAAAUUUUUAUUUUCUUGAUUAUAAAUUUGUUAUUCUUGGUAUUGUUACAUUUGUAUAAUUAUACAUUGACUGGCACUUGUAUGAAAUAUUCCCUGCAGAGUGAGCAGGACAUAGGAACAAAGGAAUGGACUGCUUAGUGGGGGGGAGGGUGCUGCAGGGGUGGGUGGGAGAGGAGGCUGAGGAGGUUUUCGAAACUGAAUCACUACUGAGUUGAACCAUGGCUGUCACUAGCCACGGGUACUGCUGAUUAGAAGGCCAGUAAGAAGAUUAGUACCUGGACGGUUGACUCUAAGGUUUUGCACUGAUGGUGCCAAAGGGCUCUGAGUCACACGCAGAGCCGAGGGAGGACAGAGGAUAGCGUGAAGGAGAGUUGCUUGCAUCGCAUCCCUUCAGAGAGCUUUCUCUGACCUCACUGCCAUAGCCCUGUCUGUCUGGUGACAGGACUGGCCUUGGGAACGGGGACCAGUGGUGAGCAGUGCAGCCGCCAAGGUGCUGAUGCGCUGCAGUAUGGGCAGCGCCUGUGGAAGGCAGGCUGGUCAGACGACGGCCUGACAACGCUUAAUUCUGAUGGUGUUCAGUGGCUUGCUUUGUGCAUUUGGUAAAUAUGUUUUUUAGAGUGUUCUGUAAAAAACAAAAAAAUCAUUUGUCAAAUCUAAAUUCUGUUAAGGAGCUCACAUGUUGCUUACAUCUUGCAUGAGGGGCCUCUGAACUCUGGGGGCAGUCAGGAUGUAAUUUUAUUCUCCCUUUAAUGCCCCUCACACAAAGGAAGCUCACUGUCACCAAGGAUAGUCCCCCAGCUGCUUUUAUGAACACCUCUACAACUUAACAAGCUCAUCUAUCUGGGUCCAGAAUCUCGUUUCUGGUUUCUGCUGUUGUGAAUGCCUCUAAGCUCUUAUGUCGAUGGGCUAAGACCCCUGUACCUCAUCUAUAAAUUGGAUCAUAGUUUGAGUCAUAGUCAACCCUAACUCAUAAUGGGGCUUUGAAAUUUUGGAGUAGAACCUAAUAUAUAAGUGAAGUUUGGGAUUUGGACCUCCCUGUAUCUCUUAGGAGAAGCAAGUAGAGACCGAACGAAUGGUUCCGUUGUCUUCCAGGCAGCCUCUUACACUACACCAUCUGGGUAGCUCAUCAGGAGAGACUCCAGACAGCAGUGUUCCGACCUCAGCACUGCAGACCCCGCCGUGGCUCUCCAGCACAGUGCAGCGGAACUCUGUUCUCCUGCUUGUUUACUUUUCUCUUUCUGAGUCUCUGCCUCUCAGAGUCACAGCAGGGCUUACUGGUCAGGUACUCUGGUGUUGCUCCAGUACUUCCAAAUAAAUGCAUAUCAUUACACCUUCAGAUGAAACCUCAGAAUGAAGUGAAUUCUGAAAAACAACAGCAACAAACCACUUUGUAAGUUUUUGUUUUUGUUUUUGUUUUUUUUUUUAACUCUACCAGCCUUACUUCUUGCCUGUCCCCCUCCCCCCAGGCCUCCUGUGCCUUCUGUUCCAUUCUGGCCAUUAGAAUCCAUUUGACUUUGACACUACAUCUCCCUUCCAUGGUGGCGGCAGCAGUGUUCCUCCUGUUCUGGAAUGAGAUGGUCAUUGUCAUAGUCCUCUUAAAGGUGGGUGACAAGAAGGUGCAGUGUACUUCUGCUCUGAAGGACACUAGGCAAGCGGGAAGCCAUGUGUGCCACGGGUGCAACCUGUGACCCUUCUCUCCUGUGAGCUUAGUGGCUCUUCUGUCACUAAGUGGCAGGUUAUGUAUGGAGUGUCACCUUUUCAGAGAAAAGACCUAGCCAAGCCAAACCAGCAAACCCUCCAAGUACUGUGACGUAAAGGAUGGCUUUGGCUUCCCCAUGGUGUAUAGUUUCAGAGCAGCCCCCGGACUGUUGAGUUCUGCUGCCUUCAUAACCUAAAUGGUAACUAUUUAUUGUAUCACAAGGCAGGUUGUUCAUAGUAUUUCUUCCUUUGUUUCCCCAAACAACUUCUAAUGACCUCUAGAAAGAACAAGCCCUUUUUUUAGAAAGUAUUUUGUUUCUUUGUCUUUUGGGGAGUGAAGAAAAGUCCUUGUUGCCAGAAUUUUAGAAGCUAAAGACUUUAAAUAUGCUGCCUCUGCUGCAGUGGCUUGCUUUCCAGUCGGUCCUGGGCACUGGCGCUGGCCUGCUGCCUGUGGCUGGUACCCCACCCAAGCCGUCUUCUCUGCAGCCGCCUGCUUGAGCUUGCUCUGUGCCUGCUUCCCUCCACGCUCCGGGAGGCGCUGCAGGCCCUAAACAGAACAUUAGUGAGCGAGCAGGCGGCCGGCCGGCCGGGCUGGCGAGCAAGUGGAACCUUGCAGAAGUCUGUUUUUGUAGAUCAUGGUUUCUUUUCUUUCUUUUUUUUUUUUUUUUGACAUUUCACCCCCAUUUAGUGUGAUCUGUAAAACUGAUCUUUAUUUAAAGGCACGUUCUUGUUCUGUCUGUCUGCCUUCCCCAUGGGUACUGAGGGUUUGGGUAAUACACUGAUCAGGAAAAAGGGGUCUUCUCAGAAACCAGUCCCUCCCUCCCAGCCAUUGCCAGGUGCCACCUGCUAAGCAGACAUACUACAGCAUGGGGACCGUAGCGUGCACACUGUUGGUGGAGCCUCUCCCCACUAGGACGUCUCACUUUACUUGUUCACCAUACAAUCAUGUACUCUUUAACAGAAAUCGCUUUUAAGAGAAAUCUGGAACUAUCUUUAAAAAAAAAAAACCUUAUUAAUAAUCGUGUAUUUUUACUGAUCACAUUUUGAAAUGCCUAAAAGACUUUUAUUGCUCUAAUUAUCCAGAUGCACCUUUGUAAAAAGCUCUUUUAUGAAUUAGCUGUUAAGGCUGUAUGUUUCUGGAACAAAAUAUUGGGUCAUCUAAAACUUUCUGUUUUCUGGGGUCUGGGAAAAUAGAAAAUAAGAAUUCAAAUAUUAAAUAAGCUUAAAAGAA